AUUUUUUUUUUUCAGAAAAAAAGGUUGAUUUAAAAUAAAAUAAUUACGCUAAAACUUCAGGGCAAGCUUGUAUAUGUAAACUCUAAGUAAAUACCUCCAAGUUCGGUAAACACCAACAAAAAAUGGAAAGUAAUGGCGACAAAAUGAAUUGUGUAGAACAACAACAGCAAACGGAACAAGAUCAACAAGUGCAACAAAAACAACAACAAAGCUUCAACAAGUUGGAAAGUAAUGACGACUUGACCACCACAGAAAGGCAAAAUUUGGAAUUUGCUAAAAAAUUGGGCUACACAGAGACAUCAAUAUUAUCAGUUUUAAAUAGUAGUCGUUUGGGAUCAGAGGCUAAUGAAAAUGAAUUUCUCGAGGAAUUAAUCAAGCUGACCAACUCUGAAGGCGGCGGCGGUAGAAGCACUAACAUUAAUAACAAUAAUAUUAAUACUAAUAGUAGUAACUGUAGUAAUAGUAAUAAUAAUGGUAGUAGUAGUAAUAGUGUAAAUGCGCCAAGCUCCCUGCGACAUAUUGUCAUCGAUGGCAGUAAUGUGGCUUUGUCUCAUGGCAACAAUCAAAUCUUCUCCUGCCGUGGCAUACGCAUCUGUGUGGACUGGUUCCGGCAACGCGGACAUCAAUAUAUUACUGCCUUUGUGCCAAAUUGGCGUAAAGAACUGGUCAAUAACAACAUAAAAGAUCAGGAUCUACUACACGAAUUGGAAUUAGAGCGGGUGUUAGUCUUUACUCCAUCAAGACAUUUGGAUGGCAAACGCAUAGCCUGCUACGAUGAUCGUUUCAUACUCAAACUGGCCGUGGAAACCGAAGGCAUUAUUGUGUCCAAUGACAAUUAUAGAGAUUUGAUAUUGGAAUCCAAUGAGUAUCGUAAAGUCGUCCAAGAACGUUUGCUAAUGUAUACAUUUGUGAAUGAUAUAUUCAUGCCCCCGGAUGAUCCAUUGGGUAGAAGUGGUCCACCGUUGGAUUUAUUUCUGCGAUCCCAGACCCAGCAAAAAAUGUUAGAUAGCCAGCAAUUGUGUCCAUAUGGCAAGAAGUGUACAUACGGCGUUAAGUGUAAAUUCCGUCAUCAAAUAAGACCAAUGCUCCAAGUGUCGCAUAGCGCACCAUUAAAUGGUGGAGUAGGUCAGCAUCAGCUGCCAUUGAAAAUCUCCUCCCUGAUGGCACCACGCGAGCCUUUGUCACGCACUAAAUCGAAUAACUUGGAGCAAAUCCAACAGCAACAACAGCAGCUGUGUCAAUCAUUUUCCCAUCAAAUGGAACUUACAGAGCCCCCGAAUCGACAUAAAAAAUUACAGCGACAGAUGCCAACUGUCAGCUAUAACUAUGCGGUACCCACUUGCUCAUCCUCCGCCUCAGCCGCUGCCACAUGCACUACGGUUUCGUCCUCCGCUGGCUAUCAUCAUCAGUAUCUAUCACGAACUCCCUCAGCACCGGCUACAGAUAAGAAUCUCCAUUUGCAUCCAUUUCCCCAAAACUCGUUGCACUCAUCACAUCUCUCUGCAUCCGACUCUCGGAUCAAUGAGGAACUUUAUGCCACAGCCAUGUCACAGCAAAUGCCCCGCGAAGAGCAGCGUCGUUUACUGCGCUAUCAUUUGGUUAGUCUAUUUCCACCGCAUCAAGUUCAUGCCGUUCUCGAAUUGUAUCCAAAUGUGACGGAUGCCAAGACCAUUUGUGCUGCUAUACUUAAUUUAUUUCCACACAAUUAGUCUAAAACUUAAGCAUUUAAAGAUCGAAAUAUAUAUAUAUAUGCACAUAAAUAUGUAUAUUUAUGUGGAUGUAUGUAAUUAGCAAUUAUUUUUUUUAAUUAAAUGUGAAAAACGA